AUGGCAUCCGCAACCCCAAUGGAGGACCUCAUGCGCGACAAGAUCGCCCAUGCUUUCACUCCCUCCACCCUCAUCAUCCGCAAUGACUCCCACAAGCACGCACACCAUGCUGCGAUGCAAGGUGCCACCUCCAAAGAGACACAUUUCCAUGUCACAAUUACCUCCUCCGCCUUUGAAUCGAAGAUGCAGCCCGCACGCCAUCGCAUGGUAUAUGCCCUCUUGAAGGAAGAAAUGAGCCAGGAGGGAGGUAUCCACGCAUUGCAGUUGAAGACGAAGACACCGGCGGAGGAACAGCGGGAGAAGGAACGGGAGGCAUAA